CUCAUCCCCAUAGCCUUCUCCCUCCAAGCUCAGAGCUCGCGUACUCCUCCAUUGCCGCAGCCGCCUCGCCUCCUCCUCCUCCUCCUUCUCGAUCUUCUCGAUGCGCAUGGUGGCCGCGCGGCGCCCGCGGGCGCUAAUGCUGCUCGCCGCCGUCCUCCUCGUGGCGGUGCCCGUGGCGGCGGCGACGCUGCACCCGGUGGACUACCUGGCGCUGCAGGCGGUGCGGCGCGCGCUGUCGGACAUGCCGGGGUCGAGGUUCUUCGCGUCGUGGGACUUCACCGGCGACCCCUGCGGGUUCGCGGGCGUGUCGUGCUCGGGCGACGGCCGCGUCGUCACCCUGGCGCUCGGCGACCCGCGCGCGGGGGCGCCGGGGCUGUCCGGCGCGCUCCCCGCCGCCGCGCUGGCGCGGCUCUCCGAGCUCGCGUCGCUGUCGCUCGUCCCCGGGCGCGUGUCCGGGGAGCUCCCCCCCGCCGUCGCCGCGCUCCCGUCGCUCCGGUUCCUGGCGCUCGCCGGGAACCUCCUCUCCGGCGACCUCCCCGCCACGUUCUCCCCCAUGCUCCGCACCGUCGACCUCAGCAAGAACUCAUUCUCCGGCAGGAUACCGCCGUCGCUGCCCCUCAUCCGGAGCCUCCGGACGCUCGUCCUCUCCCACAACUCCCUCUCCGGCGAGAUUCCCAAGCUGGUGAGCUCCCCGUUGGUCCAUCUCGACCUCAGGAACAACCGCCUCACCGGCGGCGUCCCGCCGCUGCCGGCGACGCUCGUGUACCUGUCCCUCGCCGGGAACAGGUUCUCCGGCCGCGUCGGCGGCGUGCUCCGGAGGCUCCCGAGGCUCUCGUUCCUUGACCUCGGCGGCAACUGGUUCUCCGGCGAGGUCCCCGGCGAGGUGUUCUCCUUCCGGAUCAGCUACCUGCAGCUCCGCAAGAACGCGUUCUCGGGCGAGCUCCGGCCAUCGGGGCGGGUGCCAGCCGGCGCCACGGUGGACCUCAGCCACAACGCGCUGUCCGGGCGCGUCCCCGCCGAGCUGGCGCCGGCGGCGGCGGUGUACCUGAACGGGAACAAGUUCGCCGGCCAGGUGCCGCGGGAGAUCGCCGCGGCGGCGGAGGGCGGCCGGAUGCGGGUGCUCUUCUUGCAGGACAACUUCCUGACCGGCAUCGGCGUGGGCGGCGUCCCGGCGAGCGCCGCCGUGUGCGCGCACAUGAACUGCGUGGCGCCGCCGCCGCCGGUGGUGGCGGCGUGCCCGGCGAAGGGCGGCAGGGGUCGCCGCCGGCCGCCGUCGCAGUGCGGCGGCCGGAGGCGGUGAGGUGAGGUGAGGACCAAACUGGGUUUAAGGAGGGGGUUUAAGGUUUGGGUUUUGAGGGGGUUUAGUGGUUAAAUGUGGUCUCAUGACUCAUGAGAUUGGGUGAAUAAUACUAGUUUUUGGUGUAAAUUCUUUUGGGGUUAAUCAUCACUUAAUCUUUAGAUACACGGCUGUGAUUUGUUGCAAUUAAACAUGAACGGUGGAUUGAUGUAUUUCAGUGCCAAUGAUGCAAUUUACAUAGAAAAGCUUUGGUGUAAAGAUAUGUUCCCUGUUUCUAUCUAUUAUUAAUCCAGUCUUUUGCGAA